AUGGUGGAGCGGGGAGACGCGGCGCCGCUGCUGCGCUGGGCCGAGGGCCCCGCCGUGUCCCCGCCGCAGGCCCCGGAGCUGCAGGCUGGAGGCCGGAGAUGGGGCAGCGGCGGGGGCGGCCGGCCCGCCACGGAGCCGCCCAGGAGGCGGGAGCCCGAGGAGCUGGGCGCCUCCGAGGUGCUGCUGCAGCCCGGGCGCCUGGAGCUCGGCGACGUGGAGGAGGACCAGGUGGUGGCCGUGUUCGUGGUCACCUUCGAUCCCCGCUCGGGAAACAUGGUGGAAUGGUGCUUACCCCAAGAUAUUGACCUUGAAGGUGUUGAGUUCAAGUCUAUGGCCAGUGGGUCCCAUAAAAUUCAGUCUGACUUCAUCUAUUUCCGGAAGGGGCCCUUCUUCGGCCUGGCCUGCUUCGCCAACAUGCCUGUGGAGAGUGAGCUGGAGCGCGGCGCCCGGAUGAAGUCCGUGGGCAUCCUGUCUCCGUCCUACACCCUGCUUUACCGGUACAUGCACUUCCUGGAGAACCAGGUUCGACACCAGCUGGAGACGCCGGGCCAUUACUCCCAUCUGGCUGCGUUCUACGAGGACAAGAAAGGGGUGCUCCACGCCGGGCCGGGGAGAGGCGGCAGCCUGCCCCCCGUCUACUGGCUGCCUUCCAUCCACCGAUACAUGUACCCCGAGAUGAAGAUCACGCACCCAGCUGGCUGCAUGUCUCAGUUUAUCAAGUUCUUUGGAGAACAGAUCCUUAUCCUCUGGAAAUUCGCCUUACUUCGAAAACGCAUUUUGAUAUUUUCUCCCCCUCCUGUGGGUGUCGUGUGCUACAGAGUGUACUGCUGCUGCUGUCUGGCCAACGUCUCCCUGCCUGGCAUCGGGGGCUCCAUUCCCGAGUCCAAGCCUUUCUUCUAUGUGAACGUGGCUGACAUCGAGAGCCUGGAGGUAGAGGUGUCCUAUGUGGCCUGCACCACGGAGAAGAUUUUCGAGGAGAAGCGGGAGCUGUACGACGUCUACGUGGACAACCAGAACGUGAAGACGCACCACGACCACCUGCAGCCCUUGCUGAAGAUCAACAGCGCCGACCGCGAGAAGUACCGGCGGCUCAACGAGCAGAGGCAGAUGCUGCUGUACUCCCAGGAGGUGGAGGAAGACUACAACCCUUGUGAGGAGGACCUCUUUGUGCUGUUUUUCUUAGAGCAAAACAACCGGAUAUUUCAGACUUUGCUGGAGGUGUCUGCCAGUCAAGAUAAAACUCUGACCGCUGAGCAUGCCCGCGGCAUGGGUCUAGACCCCCAGGGAGACCGGAGCUUUCUGAUGGACCUGCUGGAGGCCUACGGCAUCGACGUCAUGUUGGUCAUCGACAACCCCUGUUGCCCAUAGGAAGAGUGAGCCAAGGCUGGUGAGCCUCCCUCACAUGGGGAUUUCACAACGGGCCCCAGAAGACCUCAUUUUUUAUUAAGUUGACACAAAGGAUUAUGGUUUCUACUUUCCAACAAAUGUGAUUUUUGCAGUCUCCUUUCUUCGCUUCCUCCCUAGUGGUAAGACGAGACCGUCUCGGUUUUAUGUCCUGCUUAGGUACGAUGCCGGGAUCCACCACUGUCUCCCAGAGCAGAGUCUCUCAUCUUCUUGUUGAGUGACUUUGAGGGGAUGUGCUGAAGGCCGUCUGUCACCAGCAGUGGCCCGAGCUCUGGAAACACUGGGGAGGACUAUUCAGAAAGUCUCUGUGGUUUUCAUCCCUUGAGGUACUGGAGAAUGAGAGCGCUGUCCCCGGACAGCUGUGGACGUGUAUCUCCUGGAGGUGGAAGCUAGACCUCGUGACCCUUCGCGGUUUUUCUCCAUUCCGAGAGUCCAGUGUUAGGAUCAAAUCCCUUUCCCUGUUCACUGGGGCAAAUCUGAGUCUUGUCUGUUCAUGUGAGUAGAGAUCUCAAAGAGGAACAAAAGGAUGUUUCUGUCACUAAGGAGAGCUUCUCUAAGGACAGAAUGACAGGAAGAGGUUUCUUACCAGCCGGCUGGAAAGUAAAAUUGUAGAAUGAAGCCUGAAGCUUUCCGCAGAGUAAAUUGGAUGGUGGUGGUACUCCUCCUUUCCCCGAGUCCCCCUCUAGGGACAUCCCUAGACUCCCCUUUAGGGAUGGCCCUGGACCUUGCAAGCAAAUUCAUUAUACAAUGUAGUUUCUUUGAAGGGCUAACCAUCCUUUUGGGGUAAUUUAGGUAUUUUUAAAGGGUACUGUUUGUUGCCAGGAAAGGCAGAGCAGUUGGGGUUCAAACAGGAUAAAGAAGACGUUUCUCCAUCUGAGAGUUCUCUGGACACAUCAUAGCAGAGCCUUUAGAUCAAGACAGAGAUUGACUGGAUUCUGUAAUCAAACAAGGAUCUGAGCUAGUCACUCCGACUUUGGAGCAAGACUUUGUACCCAUUUGGAGCCCCUCACAAAUUUCUCUUCCACGGAGAUGACAUUCCUUGAGCUAAGUAGUUGGGGCCAGAGACUACACAUGUGUCAAGAGCGAAUUUGAUAGUGCCUUCACCUGGGGAAGUGGUGGGAGCCCCUGAGUGUCCGUGAUGAGUUCACUGCAUCCCUAGGACACGUUCUGGUCUGAAGUGACGCCCGUCAGUCCCUGCCUCUUCUCCUCAACCGGGCAUCCCAGGGAUGCCAGCUUCAAGGAGACAGUGGUUGUUUGAAGCCAGCUCUCAUGGGUAGAGUUUAGGUCUUUUUGGCCAUAGGAUUUUGACUUGGGCUUGUGGGUUGCUGGUGACAGUUUCUUCCCUUUCGCCCUUCUUGCCUGGCUGUGUCAUUGGCCUAGCCGUCCACGUGUCCACGUCUGUGACCAGCUUCCAGCCAGGCUAAUACACAUGGCAGAGAAAGAACUUUCGAAUGGAUGGAUCACACGUCUCAUCUCAAGACUAGCCUUUUAGGGCCCAUUGCUUUAUUCAGAGACAUUUUCACUGUAGCUCCUUGACACGGGAGUCAAGACUAAAGAAAUUCACAUGUACAAAUGCAAAUACGUACUGGUUAAUCAAAGUAGCAUCUUUUAUGUAAAUAGAUCAAUAAGUGUGGGCGUUGAAGUGUGAACUGUGCCGCUAACACUCUUCUCUCCUCUGCAGUGUGGGUUUAGCCAUCAUUUCAGUAACGUCCAUGUUUACAAAAGCAGCUUCGCCGCCUCUCUCCUUUAAGAGCAGCCUUCUCUUGUCUCUGGGAAGGAGCGGACUUUCCGACCUGUGUCGAGUAACAGUUACUUUUCGUGGUGUCUGGAUGCUCAAGGUUUUCAAAGUUAGGGGGUGGUGUGUCAGAAGCAGGGCUAGGGGUGACAGGAAAGGUCGGAUUCUCUCGGUGGACAUGGGCCCUCUUUCUCGGGACCUUAGGGCUUCGUUGGAAGCCGUCUUUGAGCACGUCGGCGCCCAUGCCCUCCUGCAGGCAGACACCUGAGUUUCUGUGGCUUUGUGACUUGAUGCUCACGGGUGUUCAUGUAAAGGUCAUAAGGUGAAAAUGAGGUUCUGGUAUUUUCCUUUGAAUGCUGGGUGGGGCUCUGGGCUCCGUGCAGCUCCACACCCUUCUAGGUGGCCGUGGGGCCUCUGUGCGGUCCCCUCACACCCAGGCAGGGGGCAGGAUGGGUGCCGAGGGGAGUGCACGAGCAAGCCUGGGCCCCGCUGACCCCGAAACAGAACUCCCCCACCCACCCUGUAUCCCUUCUGAGAGAGAACGCAAGGACUCGGUCCUUCCCUUGCAGCUUGCUUCCGGGCCGAAGUCCGGCGCCGCACCCCCGCCGGCUGGCCGGGCAGCAUGCCUGGUGGUCACUGUUCCCAUCCCCCGAGUGUCUCUUGCCUGGACUGUGAUAGGAGCCUCUUGUUUCUGAGGUCACCUUUGGGCAUUGUUCCUGACUCUGCUCCCUUCCCCCCCGCCUUCUCCCCACUUGUGCGGUUAGCAGCCCCACCCAGCGUCCUCUGCGGCCCCUCUGCUAAGGGGGGAGCUGGGGGGUGAGGUGCCUGGCAGGACUCCCCGUGGUGAAAGCAGGAGCUAGAAGCCGUUGUUGAACAGUUUCCUUAAAACCUUUCUGCUUUUGUUCGGAAGACAUGGUCAGCAGUCUUCUUCCUGCCUCGUAGGUCCGUAAACUCUGGAGGGGCAAGGAUUCCUGAAACAGGGCUGGAAGCCGACUCAUGGUCGCCUUCUACUCCAUCAACUGUUGAACCCCAUCCCCCCCCCACCUCUACCCGCUUUGGCUUGGUCCUUCCGAGACCUUGAAGCCUGAUCCGAUGCCGUGCUGUGAGCCACGUGCUCACCUGGAAACACGGCUGACCUGAGACAUCUGGGCUGCUGUCAUUCCUGAGUCGAGUCCGACCAAAGCCAGGUGGCAAGAUGCCUUAUGGGGCCAGGAAUCUGGGUUUAGGGUUUACUGAUGUCUAGCAAAAUGUGACAGAGGCCUAUUAAAGUGGGGUUUUUUUCCAAUUCUGCAGGCUUGGCAGAUGGUAAUAAUCAGCCUUGGAGAACAUGUCCAGUUGUGCUCUGGCUUAGGAGUCUCCUCAGGAGUCAGAAACGGCAGGAUUUCUCUCUUACGAGAAACUAAAGUGUGCACCAAUUAGUUUAGCAUCAGUGAUGGCUUUAAUCGGCGGGAAGCACUGCUUGGGCCUGGUGUAGAUCUGUCCAGGGCGCCACCUGGGGCCUCGUCCAGCCCUCCGUCGGCAUAGCCGUGAACUAGAAAGGCACCCGCCCCCCCGCCCAGCUGCUGCCCAGCUCUUCUGCUUAGCUCCUGGUGCUGAAUUCAUGGGUCGUGAUCGAAACCAUUGAGCCCAGAAUUUGCAUCUCAGACUUACCUUGUUUUGUUCCCCAUGAACAUCAAGAUGGGAAUUUUCAGAGUAGCACAGGGCACAGACCUGUGCACUCACUCGUCAGUGUAACUACCUGGAAUUUUAGUGAGAAGAUAAAGAGAAGUCCUAGCUGGGUUGUUUUUCAUUCUGGGGGCUAGGAGGAUGAACUUGCUCUUUGUCUUGAUACACCGAAAGCCCUUCCGAUACAAUAAAAAGAUGACAUUAUUCGGGGCCCUUAGGGAACCUUCUGUAAAGGGCAGUGAUGAAUUAAAUUCUUAAUGGUAGGACAGCAGCCCUCUGGGAAGAGGCAGGGACCUCAGGGACCUUUUUUUUUUUUUUUCCUCUUUUUCUUUUUUCUAAAACUGUAUAGCCCAAGGAAUGGAUUAAGAUACUUUCUCCAAGUCCCUGGACAGAUCAGACUUGCAGAAGUAAGGGCGUAGUAAGGUACUGAAUAAAUGAUAAGGCAAUGGUUAGCCAGACUGUGAACUUGGCUUCAUUAGGAUAUCCACUCUGAAAUAGGCAAGAAAGUGAACAUGGGGACCAACGUAUCAUGCAGGGGCUUUCACCUCCUUGUCCAGUUCCUUGCUAGCAGGCUUGGAAUCCGUGAGGGCCAGCCCAAGGGUCUUCCCGCCGCACCUCUCGGCCCUACUUCCUGCCCUGCAAGCAAGGCUCCCCGACCUGUCCCUUCUCAUUUCAGGAAAACCAUUUUCUGAUUCAGGUAGGGGAAGAGGAGGAGUCAAGGGCUCCUUACUCCUGAGUCAUGGAUUUUUGGGAUUCCAUUGUAAGACUCAUAUACCUCUCUGUUCCCAGGAGCUGCUAGGGCACCGACUGUUGGGAGAAAGGCUAACUGUGAAUUAAGUUCAUGUUUUUCUUAUAAGAAAUGGGAGUUUAUUUUUCUAUCGAUAUUACUGUGUGAUGAAUGGAGCGUGUAGAUAUUGAAAUGGAAGGAGAUUUCCAAACUAUAAGCCUUGAAAAAAUGCGAAGCUUUAUAAUCUGGAAGCAACUGAGACCCCAUAAACGUUUUAGUAUUUGUUUUCGAAAGUAAGGAGACGGUGCUGUGAAGUCUGAACCACACUCUCUAGGAGAUGAAUGUGACGGUCUGGGGGAGCAUGACACUGUCCCCGACCUUAGGAAAAAUUCUUGUACAGUGUGUAAACGUAACAAUGCUGAUUAGGGAGCCUCUUCCUAGAGUGGUGUGGUUUUAUAACCUGGCACUUUAAUUCUUUUCUGGAGCCGGAAUACAGGGGCAGUUGGAUGAAACUGCACAUUUAGAAAGGAAGUGAAAAUUUCCUAGUGCUUAUAAAUGAAGAUGGGGAAAUAAAGUCCUUUAGAGUUAUUCUAGAAGCCCAGCAUAACAUGGGCUUUUAGCGGUAACAUAACCUCAGUUCAGAAAAUUUAUUUACUUACCACGGGAGAAGGAUAGGUGUGAAUUACUUAUGUUGGUUUUAGGAUGCGGGUUUAGACUAACGAUACAUUUACUCUGCUUUUUUGAGGACAGGUAGGGAACACAGGGGUAGGUUAGGGCCUUAGAAAUUAGCCAGGGAUUAUCCACAAAAUGAAAAAUCCACACAGUGGCCACUGAGUUAGCUGGUUGCAAAUAUACUUUGUUGCUGUUGGAGUAAAAACUUCCUUAGGCCAAACUGAGCGAAGAUAAAAGUAGACAAAAAUUCCGAAGGUGGCAUCAGGAAGUUUGUAGAGGGUGCCCACAAAGACCAUCAUUAGGAAGAGUAUAGAGUCUGUGCUUUCGAACAGACUGGGCAGGAGACUUUAGAGGUAUAGAGUAGAGGAAAGCAAAAUUAACCUCCUAUCUACCCGAGCUUAUUGGCUAAAAUUUUUUAUUUGUUGUAGGUCUGGGAUAUAAACCUUUUCUGAAAAAGGAAUACUUGUAGCCUUGGAAAAAUGGUUUUCCUCUUUCUCCCCAGUUAGGAUCAGCAUAGCCUCCCUGUCGCCUUACGUGUCAAACCCCUACCUGGAUUAAUACCCCAGCGUAAGACUUAGAGCAAUAGAAGACACUGAAUCUAUUUUUGUUUAAAUUCUUUACCUCAUAGUAUGAAAUUACGAAGACAGUUGAUCAUUUUACCCUGAAUAGUAGUGCAUAGAAGUAUGUUGUUCUGUUUUGAAUGGUAAGAAUUUUAAGGGCCUGAAGCCAGGAGUAAAUGUUUAACUGAUUUUGUUCCGUGGUACCAGUGACAUCUGCGUGUACCCUAGCUGUCAGUAUCUGAACCAGGCUGCGUGCAGAGAGGCUGAUAUAACUAUAUUUACAGAAUACAGUUUUUACAAUUAAAAUUCAGAUUUUAACAUGAA